AUGCGCUCUGUAGCAGAAGACCGGCUGUCGAUCGACGGCCAUGUAUUCCGCGUGAAUUACGACGCUCCCGAGGAAAUCACCCGGCAACUGGAGGAGUUGUUUGACCGGGAGGUCAAGUACGAAGGGAUUCCGGAAGAUGUGAAGGCGUACGAAACUGGAGACGAUGAUGCGGAUGAGGAAGAGGCUGGAGAGGGAGCAAGGACGGAACCUGAAUUAAAGAGGAGGGAACAGCUGCAGGAGGAGAAGAGGAAUAAUGUCUGA